CCCAGAGGAAGUGUUAUUGAGAACAGGCUGCUGCCAGCAUUGUUUCAUUCUAACAGACAAACCUUAAAGGAAGUGGUCUCAUUUUCUCCUUGGGCACUACAGAGGUGGACGUUUGCUGUUUACACCAGUUGAGCGUAUAAAACACAUGGAAUAAUGUCUCCGUGUGUUUUUCUUUUCCUUAUCUGUGUGAACUCUCUGGGUGUAUCUCAUGUUCGCAGCAGUGACGACCCAGAGGCCAACACCUGUGAAGAUCCUCCUGUUUUCAGCCCAUCCCACCUGGUGGUCAAACACGGUGACCCGACCACUGCAACAUGCACUGUGUGCAAAGAAAAGUGUCAUAAUAAGCACAUGGGUCUGGAAAAACCUCUGGGAACUGACUCAAUGAAUGGAACCACAAUAACAUGGACGGUUGAUAAGAUGACUGAAUGGGACACAUUUGUUAUGUGCUACUAUAACACUGAGUCUCGGCAGUGUUCCAGCUCACUGCCAAUAACUGUGUACCAGCCUCCAGUGAGGGUGUCUUUCAACUUUGUGAAUCACUCUGGGCCCAUGAUUUUGGGUCAUACGUACAUUAUGCAGUGUUCAGUUGAGGACGUUGCUCCAGUGGGAGGACUCACUGUGGUUUUCUACAAAGGAGAAACAGAAUUGAAUGAAACAAAGUUAGAUGGCGAAGAGAAGAAUCCGGUGACGAUAGCUGUACUGUUUCAAUACCAUCCUGUGAGAGGAUAUCAUAACUGGAAUUACUACUGUAAAGCCACACUACAACUGGGAACGGAGCACUUUUCAUGGAAGAGUAGCGAAGAGGUGAACAUAGAUACAUAUUUUCCACCACAGCUGGAUGUUCCACCAUAUCCAAAUCCAAUCAACGUCACCGAGGGAGAUGCUUUAGUCUUGAACUGCUCAGCUUAUGGAAGCCCACGCACUCAUUACCGCUGGAAGCUGCCGACAGGCCAGACCAUCGCAGGCAAUUCUAUUUUCACACUGGACCCUGUUAGUGUCUCAGAUGAAGGGCACUACAUCUGCUCUGCCAGCAACAAUUUAGGAACUGACACUGUGGACUACUCUGUGUUUGUUCAACGUGUGACGACAACAACUACAGCCACAACAACUACAGCCGCAACAACUACAGCCACAACAACUACAGCCACAACAACACAAAGGGUUUUGGACACCACCAGCAUCGUCGUCACCACCAGAAGCACUAGAAGCACCGGCAGCACCAGCAGAACGCCGAUUCACAGGUUCACUUUGGGCUUCAUGCUUUUAUUCUUGGCUUCGGUUUGAGUUAAAUUCUUGGGAGUUCUGGAGGCAGUGAGUAAAAACAUUAUCAUAAUGCAAUAAAUGGGCAGUAAAGUGUAUUAUCUCCUGUAAAUACACAUGAAAAUGAUGUCUGAACCUGAACAUUUAUGUCAGCAGUUCUCAGAUGGAUGUAUACACAGGAGAUACUAAUAAUAUAGUAAGAAAGUAAGAAAGAUUAGUAAGAAAGAUUAAUGUCAGGGGGUAUUGGCACAAAAAGAGGAAAGCAACACCAGGAAACAAAAGAAAAAUAUCACACAGCAACACAUGACGAAGCUUAAAGUUUAACCAUAAAGCUGACAUUAGUCGUCAUUCUAUUAUAGUAGUGGAAAAAAGUUUCCAGACACCCUUAAAAUUUUACACAAUCUCAAAUAUUAUUAUGAAAUAUUAGUUGAAUUUUUUUUUUUUUUUUUUUUUUUUUAAAGGUGUUUCUG